AUGUUCUCCUCAACCCUCCUGGUCGUAUGUCUCGCUGCUGUCGCGUAUGGGAAGCCGAUGGCGCGCAGCAUGCAGGUGCAUGAGACGCGGGAGUCGGUGCCCUCCGCAUUCCAGCGCGUCAGCGCUGCGCCGUCGGACGCGACCCUCAACCUCCGCAUCGCGCUCGUACAGAACGACAUGGCCGGGCUCGAGAAGGCGCUCAUGGACGUGAGCGACCCCGCCAGCCCCCUCAAGGGCCAGUUCCUCACCAAGGAGGAGGUCAACGCAUUCGUUGCUCCCAAGCCUGAGACCGUUGCGGCGGUCAACGCAUGGCUGACGGAGAACGACAUCGUAGCGACCGCCGCAUCCCCCGCGGGAGACAUGCUCAGCUUUUCGAUCCCGGUCAGCAAGGCUAGCGAGCUGCUUGACGCGGACUUCGCCGUGUUCAACCACACCGCGACCGGCAAGACAAUGAUCCGCACGCUCGCGUACUCGAUCCCGGCCGAGCUGAAGGGUCACCUCGACUUCGUUCACCCGACCACUGUCUUCGUGCCCGCGCCCGCUGACAGGCCGGUCCCCGAGGUGAACGUGACGUCAGAUGCUGUCCCGGCCUCCUGCGCUACUACCAUCACCCCGGCGUGCCUCCAAGCUCUGUACGGGAUCCCCACCGCCGCCGCCACCCAGAGGGCGAACACUCUCGGCGUUAGCGGCUUCAUUGACCAGUUCGCUAACCAAGCGGACCUUAGGGCUUUCUUGACUCGGUUCCGCCCUGAUAUGUCAUCGGCAACCGCAUUCACUCUUCAGACGCUCGACGGUGGUCAGAACCCGCAACAGCUGGCCAACGCUGGUAUCGAGGCUGACCUGGACACGCAAUACACGAUCGGCAUUGCAACGGGCGUCCCAACCACGUUCAUCUCCGUCGGCGACAACAACCGCGACGGCGUGAAUGGCUUCAUGGACAUCAUCAACACCCUGCUUGGCGAGAGCGCGCCCCCUCAGGUCCUCUCCACCAGUUACGGCUUUGACGAGCCCGACCUCCCCGCGAGCGUAGCCACCAACCUCUGCAAUGCCUACAUGCAGCUCGGUGCCCGUGGUACUUCCAUCCUCUUCUCGUCCGGCGAUGGUGGCGUGUCCGGCUCACAGAGCCAGAGUUGCACCACCUUCAUCCCUACGUUCCCGUCUGGAUGCCCCUUCGUCACCUCCGUCGGCGCCACCACCCGCAUCAACCCCGAGGUUGCUGCAACCUUCACCGGUGGAGGCUUCUCCAACACCUUCGCAGCGCCGAGCUACCAGUCUGCUGCUGUCUCGACCUUCCUCACCGCGAACGGCAACACGAACUCGGGCAGGUUCAACAGGGCGGGACGCGGGUUCCCCGACAUCUCCGCGCAGGGCCAGAACGUCGACAUCGUGUUCCAGAACCAGGUCGGCACCGUCGCGGGGACGAGCUGCUCGUGCCCGAUCACGGCGAGUAUCAUCUCGCUGCUCAACGACGAGCUCCGCGCCGCGGGCAAGCCGUCGCUCGGCUUCUUGAACCCCUUCCUGUACUCGACCGCUGGACGUGCCGCGCUCACGGACAUCACGAGUGGCUCGAACCCUGGCUGCAACACGAACGGCUUCACCGCACGUGCGGGCUGGGACCCCGUCACCGGUCUCGGCACGCCCAACUUCGCGGCGUUGAGGACCGCUGUGGGCUUGUAA